GCGCCGGCCCCGGCCUCCCUGCGACGAGGGGGAGACGGGUGCAUGGCGCAGUGACCGACCCCGGCCGCGCCGCCCGCUCCACGGAACCGGGCGAGGCCCGCAGGCCGCCACCCUCAGCAGCUGGGCCGCCGCCGCCAUGGCCAAUGACAGCGGCGGGCCCGGCGGGCCGAGCCCGAGCGAGCGAGCGUACUGCGAGCUGUGCGGGAAGAUGGAAAACCUGCUGCGCUGCAGCCGCUGCCGCAGUUCUUUCUACUGCAGCAAGGAGCACCAGCGCCAGGACUGGAAGAAGCACAAGCUCGUGUGCCAGAGCGGCGAGGGCGCCCCCGGCCACGGAGCCAGCCAGCCGCCGCCGCCGCCGCAGCCCAGCCCCGCGCCGCCGGCCGCCGCGCAGCCCCGAGCGAGCGGGGCCAGGGCCCGGGAGGCCCGGAAGGCACCGCGGCGCCGGGACAGUGCCGCGGCCGCCGAGGCUGCGGAGGCGCCGGCCCCGGGAGACGCGAGCAAGGCAAAGGCCAAGCCCGCCCCCGCGGCCGAACCCUCGACGGCCGCGACCCAGCCGCGCAAGACGCCCGGCGGCCAGGGCCCGGCGGCGGCGGACUCGGAGGGGAAGGAGGAGCCGCCACCGGGCCGCCCGUCCGUGUACCAGGAGAAGGCGAACUUGUACCCGCCGAGCAACACGCCGGGCGAGGGGCUGAGCCACGGCGGCAGCCUGCGGCCCAACGGGCAGACGAAGCCGCUGCCGGCGCUGAAGCUGGCGCUGGAGUACAUCGUGCCGUGCAUGAACAAGCACGGCAUCUGUGUGGUGGACGACUUCCUGGGCAAGGAGACCGGGCAGCAGAUCGGCGACGAGGUGCGCGCCCUGCACGACACGGGCAAGUUCACCGACGGGCAGCUGGUCAGCCAGAAGAGCGACUCGUCCAAGGACAUCCGAGGCGAUAAGAUCACUUGGAUCGAGGGCAAGGAGCCCGGCUGCGAAACCAUUGGGCUGCUCAUGAGCAGCAUGGACGACCUGAUCCGCCACUGUAACGGGAAGCUGGGCAACUACAAAAUCAAUGGCCGGACGAAAGCCAUGGUUGCUUGCUAUCCCGGCAAUGGAACAGGUUAUGUGCGUCAUGUUGAUAAUCCAAAUGGUGAUGGAAGAUGUGUGACAUGUAUAUAUUAUCUUAAUAAAGACUGGGAUGCCAAGGUAAGUGGAGGUAUACUUCGAAUUUUUCCAGAAGGCAAGGCCCAGUUUGCUGACAUUGAACCCAAAUUUGAUAGACUGCUGUUUUUCUGGUCUGACCGAAGAAACCCUCACGAAGUACAACCAGCAUAUGCUACAAGGUACGCAAUAACUGUUUGGUAUUUUGAUGCAGAUGAGAGAGCACGAGCUAAAGUAAAAUAUCUAACAGGUGAAAAAGGUGUGAGGGUUGAACUCAAUAAACCUUCUGAUUCAAUCAGUAAAGACAUCUUGUAGAGCAUUUGAUCCAGCAAUAACAUCACUUCACCUACGAUUGUUGACACACUAUUGGUUAACUUGUGGGAUAAAGAAAAAUAGACGACCAGUUGGUAUAUUAAUAAGAAAACAAACAACUUUCAUGUGUUGCAUCAAGAAGAAGAUUUUUGACUCUGUAGCUUUGUCCUGCGUGAUUGACUCCAAAACUGUGAUUGCUUAAUGGAAAGAAUGUAAGCUGUCAACUGAAAAUGGUAUUUACAUCUGGACAUGAAAUAAGUGCCCUAGGGUAGAAUUUUUCUCCAUUCUUACACUUUGCCAGAUCUUUCAUCUAGCUGAGUUAAUUUCAUCUCUCCCUUUUUUAUAUAGUCAGGUUUGAAUUUGAAGUAAUUUUUGUAUCAUCAGGUACAAUUUAUCAAAACUGAAUUGAGAAAAGAUUACAGUAUUAUUCCCCCAAAAUAGCAUCAAUCUAUUUUUGUAAACCUCUUCAUACUAUUAAAUUUUGCCCUAAAAGACA